AUGUCAGAGCCCGAUCUCCACCGCGCCAUAUCCAUGAAGCCCCACCCAUUCCACACACAUCCCGACCGCAUAGAACGCACAUCAAGCCCCCACGUCCACGUGAAUGCCAGCAGUAGUAAUAGUAGCAGCGCGCAACACCAUGCAGAUAGCUCCAUCCGCAAAAACGAUGCUAGCAGCACCGCCGUCGAAACAGCGGCUCCUACGACCGACCACGACCCCAUAGCCCGCCACGUCUCUGCGCGUCACGGCAGCUUUCACCAAGACAUUGAGUCGCAAUCGCCGCCCUCGUACACCCCCGACAAUGACCCGUACUCGCUGUCCUCUGCCAUAAAGCCCGAGUCGGAAUUGGCCUUGAUCCGCGCCAACACGUCGCGAAAGCGCGAUGGCUGCGGUCCCAUCACCCUCAACAAGAAGGCUACCUCGGCGAAGAAGUUGGAAGAGUUCUACUCGGCGCAGAACGAGAACAUUGAGAGGUUGCUCAAGCCAGUGGCUGAACACCGGGCUGCUGCAAAAGAUGAAGAUACAGCCAACCACCUCAAGUACAAGAUCGCCGUCAUUGGAUCCUUUGCUGCAAACAUCAUUCUAGCCGUCCUACAGCUCUACGCCGCCGUAUCUUCUCGCUCGCUGUCGCUGUUUACGACAAUGGCGGAUUCGCUCUUCGAUCCCCUUUCCAACCUCACACUUAUAAUGUGCAACCGCGCCGUGGCACGCGUUGAUGCCAGGAAGUUCCCCUCGGGAAAAGCAAGAAUUGAGACCGCCGGAAACCUCUGUUUCUGUGCGCUCAUGAUUACCGUGUCUGUGGUCAUCAUUGUCGAAUCUAUCCGUACGGUUGCCGAACACUCCGGACCCGAAACCAACGACUUCUUCCUACCCAGUGUCAUCGCCGUCAGCAUUGCUUUUGCGACCAAGUUCUCGCUGUUCUUGUAUUGUUGGGCCUUGAGGAACAAGUACAGUCAAGUCAGGAUUCUGUGGGAAGACCACCGUAACGACCUGUUCAUCAACGGGUUCGGUGUGUUGACGUCUGUCGGUGGAUCCAAGUUGAAGUGGUGGUUGGAUCCCAUGGGUGCCAUGAUACUGUCCGUCUUGAUCAUCUUCCUGUGGUCGAGAACCGCGUACUCGGAAUUCCAGCUUCUCAUCGGCGUUACAGCUGAUACGGCCAUGUUGCAGCACAUCACCUACAUCUCGAUGACACACUCCCCCACCAUCCUCCAAAUAGACACUGUGCGUGCCUACCACUCCGGUCCCCGCCUCAUUGUCGAAGUAGACAUUGUCAUGGACCCAGAAGCUACAUUGAGAGCUACACAUGACGUAGCUGAGGAACUCCAGAUAAAACUGGAGAGUCUUCCUGAUGUUGAGAGGGCGUAUGUCCAUGUGGACUAUGAGACGGACCAUCGACCUGAGCACUUUUUGAAGAAGGAGCUGUGA